GACAUUACUUGAACUGUGAAUUUGUUAAGACAAAAUGGGGGGCCGUGUAUUUUGGGCCUCCCUUGGUUUGCUGUUUUUGACGUCCACUUAUGUUUUUGCCUGCGAUGAUAAGGGAUGUCUGCUGGAGGCACUCAAGGACAUCAAAGAAUGUAAAAAGAAUGUUCUAGCAACGUAAGUAUGAUUCCUCGAAUAAAAUAUAGUUCACUAUAUUAUUAACUUAUUGUAGCAUAUUAUUAUAUAUUUUUUUGUUCUUGUUUUCAGGUUAUUGAAACCUAUGCUACCAUGCAAACUUGAUAAAAAAGAGCCGUGUUUGGAUCUAAAGGAAAAACUGAAGCUACCACCUCCACCAACUACACUCCUGUUAAUGCCCGCGACACCUCCGGUUUCCACGCCAUGUACGCCGGCGCCGUCACCAUGUGCUGCUCCGUUACCACCUCUCGUAUUGCCUGCACCACCACCUCCAUUAUUUUUACCCUUCCCACCACCAUGCGCACCCCCUGCGUUACCCCCUCCUAUCUUCCUACCAGCACCAUACCCAGCUCCGCAUUGCUUACCGAGUCCCCAUCACGCUCCUCUGUAUUUGCCAGCGCCAGCGCCAGCUCCAAUAGUACUGCCAGCACCUGCUCCGUUAAAACCAGCUUCGCCGUGUUUACCACCAGCUCCAACUCCGCUAAUAUUGCCGGCACCAGCUCCAGCUCCAUUAGUGUUGCCACCACACCCUCCGGUCCACUGGGCGGUACCACCGCCUCCGCCGGCACCGAUGAUGCUACCAGCGCCUCCACCACAUAUGUAUUUACCUGCUCCAGCAUACCUGCCAGCACCUGGACAUCCCCCCGCGCCAGCACCUAUAGUGAUAUCUCUAGUACCGCCACCACCGCCACCGUGUCCUUGUCGUGCUGCCCCUCCACCUGGGAUUCCUAUGAGCGCGUACAUGGUGUCUCCUCCACAUUCCUGGCGAAACAAUCAUCUUCUUCAUCAUCAUCAACAUCACCGGAAUCGCCAUCGUCCAGUGAAAGCGCGCCAUCCACCUACGAGUCUCAACCAUGUACCUACCCAGCUACUUAUCCCUCAAACUACACUCCUCCACCAACGUCAUCAACCCCUCAAGUUAUCUACGUGUCUUCACCUCAACCCCCCACUCCCACAGCAGUUCAAGUUUCAGGGACACCUACAUCCAGUCCAACAGUUACCGUAACUUCAACAACGGUCCCUGGUUUUUACUCUCCCGAACCGAUUACAACAGAAUAUAGUUACUUGUAUCCAAGCCCAACAUCCUCAUGGUACAGUUACGAUAACUACCACUACCCGCCCAAGUCACCCACGUCGGAAUCUUCUCACCCAUCGACGUACCCGCCAGCUUAUCCACCCCAACCGACUUAUCCACCACAUGAAUACUAUUCUGAACAAACGUCUUAUAAACACUCACCACCCCCUUCUCCUCCAAGCUAUUAUCCUCCUCAAUCUUACCCACCAAGUCCGCCUUCUCACUUGUCUUACCCACCACAAAGUUCUUCCCCAGCGCCGUAUCCAUCUAAUCCUCCUCCUUCCUAUCCGUCAAGUGUGCCACCUUCCUAUCCUCCCCCAUCCUACCCGCCACCUGCCAGCCCCUACACGCCACCUGCUAGCCCCUACACGCCACCUGCUAGCCCUUACACGCCACCUGCUAGCCCCUACACGCCACCUGCUAGUCCCUACCCGCCACCUGCUAGCCCCUACACGCCACCAGCUGGCCACUACCUACCACCUUCCAGCCCUUACCCUCCACCCCCUCCUUGUUCGUAUAGAAUUCCUGCCAAUCCAAGAUAUGCCGAACUACCACCACCACACUAUUAG